AUGCCGGCACCUGCGAUCUUGGACCCCGGUCCUCAUGCGAAUGAACCCCAUGCAUCCACAUUCGACAGCAUUGAAAGCGUCCCGCUCCCGUCAGAUGCUGAGGAGGAAGCCGAAGAAGAGAUCCAUGACUUGGCUAGGCGCCUAACUUCAGCAUCCCAUGGAGGAGGCCAUUCACUAUUUCCUGAGCCAUCUGAUGCCACACUCGAUCCAAAGACCGACAAAUUCGACGCCCGAAGAUGGGCCGCAGCUUUCUAUAGGCUCCAGACCAAUGCCCUUCAUGGAAAUGCACCCAAUACGGUGGGCCUUGCUUUUAGGGAUUUGCAGGUCUAUGGCCUGGGAACGACUACGGACUAUCAGAAGACCGUUGGCAACUUCUUUCUGGAGGCUGCCGCCUUGACCUCCUGGUUUUCAUCCUCAGGGAAGAAGCAGCGCAUCGACAUUCUGCACAACUUGGAAGGCGUCAUUCAAAGUGGAGAGAUGCUAGCGGUGCUUGGUCCACCCGGCUCUGGUUGUACGACGUUGCUCAAGACCAUCGCUGGCGAGACCCACGGUUUCUAUAUCGCCGAUGGAGCAACUAUUAACUAUCAAGGCAUCUCCCCGAAAGAGAUGACAACGACAUUCAAGGGAGAAGCAAUCUACACCGCAGAAUUCGACCAUCACUUUCCCUACCUAACCGUCGGCGAGACUCUCUACUUUGCGGCCCGGGCACGGUGCCCCCAGAAUAUGGAUCUUCCGCAUGGGAUCUCCCAACACCAGUACGCAGAGCACCUUCGUGACGUCGUCAUGGCACUUUUGGGUAUCUCACACACGAAAGAAACGCGGGUAGGAGACGACUUUGUCCGUGGGGUCAGCGGAGGCGAGCGCAAGAGGGUCAGCAUCGCGGAGGCCGUCCUGAGCUAUUCUCCUCUUCAAUGCUGGGAUAAUAGCACGCGAGGUCUUGAUUCUGCCAAUGCAGUCGAGUUCUGUCGAACCCUUCGCAUGCAGGCAGACAUUUUCGGUUGUAGCUCCUCUGUAGCUAUUUACCAAGCACCUCAGGAAGCCUAUGAACUUUUUGACAAAGUCAUCGUCCUUUACGAAGGCCGCCAGAUCUUCUUCGGGAGGUCCACCGAUGCGAAAGCCUACUUCGAAAAUCUUGGUUUCCUGUGUCCUGAGCAGAAGACCACCGCCGACUUUUUGACUUCAAUGACAAGCUCUUCCGAGAGAAUUGUGCACCCCGAGUGGAAAGGCCGAACACCGCCGCGGAGUCCUGAAGAGUUUGCUCAAGCCUGGAAGGAUAGCCAGCACCGUCGGAACCUGUUGGAGGAGAUCGAUUCAUUCGAGCAGCAGUACCCUUUUGGCGGAGAUACACACAAGCAGUUCUCGGCCACUCGAAGAGCGCAUCAGUCCAAAGCGCAGCGUUCUUCGUCACCAUACACGUUGUCCUACGUGCAGCAAAUCAGCCUCAAUCUUUGGCGCAGCUUCAAACUACUGAUUAGCGAGCCGUGGAUGACCAUCACAAUGUUAACCACAAAUUUCUUCGAGUCUCUCAUCAUCUCUAGCAUCUUCUACAACUUGGCACCAAACUCCUCCAGUCUCUACAACCGAAAUCUCUUGAUUUUCUACACCAUUCUCAUCAAUGCUAUGGGUAGCAUUAUGGAGAUUCUCACGCUCUAUGGAAAGAGAAAGAUCAUCGAGAAGCAUGCCAGAUACGCACUCUAUCAUCCAAGUGCCGAGGCAGUUGCCGCAAUGCUCGUCGACUUACCAUACAAGAUGAUCAACGCGUUGUUCAUUAACGUGCCAAUCUAUUUCAUGACGAAUUUACGACGCGAGUCAGCCGGGCCCUUUUUCUUCUUCCUCUUGUUCUCGUUCACCAUCACGGUCUCCAUGUCCAUGAUCUUUCGGUUCCUCGGCUCCGUUACCAAGACGACGUCGCAAGCUUUGGCGCCCUCAGCCAUUAUUCUCUUGGCUCUGAUGCUGUUCAGCGGCUUUGCCAUGCCUCAGCCAUACCUCAACGACUGGAUUGGAUGGAUUCGCUGGAUCAAUCCCGUCUUCUACGCACAGGAAAGCCUCGCACUCAAUGAAUUCAUUGGACGGAACUUCACCUGUUCGCAAUUCGUCCCAACAGGACCCGGUUACUCAACUUCUACCUUGGAUGAGCGUGUCUGCGAUAUUGGUGGAGCGAUGCCAGGUUCUAACUCCGUGAAUGGCGAAGAGCACCUCCGAGUCGUCUACGGGUUUCUGGCGAGUCACCGUUGGAGAAAUUUUGGCAUCUUGGUUGCCAUCACCAUCUUCUUCAUGUCCCUCUACCUUGUCGCAGUCGAAGUGGUGUCAUCUGAGAGAUCGAAGGGCGAGGUUCUUCUUUUCAAGCGCCGAGCGUUGAAAAGUGCCAAAAAGGGUCAUGAUGAUGUCGAGACAUUGGGAGGAAACCAUUCGCAACCAACGAUACGGGUAGAUGACGACAGCGACAACUCAGACCUCGCGAAGCAAACGUCUGUGUUUCAUUGGAAUGACGUCUGCUACGAUGUGCAAGUCAAAGGCGAGACUCGCAGGAUCCUUGACCACUGUGACGGUUGGGUGAAGCCCGGGACGCUGACGGCACUGAUGGGAGUUUCGGGAGCUGGUAAGACAAGUCUUCUUGAUGUUCUGGCCAGUCGUGUCACCAUGGGUGUUGUCAGUGGAGAGAUGCUUGUCGACGGGCAGCUUCGGGACUCCUCAUUCCAGCGCAAGACGGGAUACGUCACACAGCAGGACCUUCACCUUCAUACGGCGACCGUCAGAGAGGCGUUAAGUUUCAGUGCUCUACUACGACAACCUAAGCGGUACAGCCGGGAGGAGAAGUUGGCCUACGUGGACACAGUGAUUGAUCUCCUCGGCAUGCAGGAGUAUGCAGAAGCUGUAAUUGGGGACCUGGGCGAGGGGCUUAAUGUUGAACAACGGAAACGAUUGACCAUCGGCGUAGAGCUAGCUGCCCGGCCGCAGCUGCUUCUCUUCUUGGACGAGCCAACAUCGGGUCUCGAUAGUCAGACAUCGUGGUCGAUCUGUGAUCUGAUGGAGAAGCUGACGAGAAACGGGCAAGCGAUUCUCUGCACAAUACAUCAACCGUCAGCAUCGCUAUUCCAGAGGUUCGAUCGGUUGUUGCUGCUUGCCAGAGGCGGACGGACGGUGUAUUUCGGCGACAUUGGCAAGAACUCACACGUUCUCAUCGAUUAUCUCAGCCGGCACGGAGCUCCAGCCUACCAACCUGGAUCCAAUCCUGCCGAGUACAUGCUGGAGGUGAUUGGGGCGGCGCCGAAGGCGCAUACCGAUAUCGACUGGCCUGCCGUAUGGAGGGAAAGCAACGAAUACCAGGCUGUUCAGACUGAGCUUGCAAGGUUAUCCUCACAUGCAGACGAAAAAGGUGCCACAUCUACAACAGCAGAUCACGAUGCGUCUACGUACGCAGAGUUUGCUGCAGGUUUUGGUGUGCAGAUACAAGAGGUGACGAGACGAGUCUUCCAGCAGUACUGGCGCAGUCCUUCGUAUAUCUUUUCUAAGUCCAUCUUGACGUUUGGCUCGGCCUUGUUCAUUGGGCUGACGCUCCUUGGCGGUAAUAAUACCGAACGCGGGCUCCGGAAUCAGAUGUUCGGCGUCUACAUCUUCCUCUUCAUCUUCAGUCAGAUGGCGCAGCAGAUCAUGCCGGUAUUUGUCUCUCAGCGCACCAUGUACGAAGCCCGCGAACGGCCGGCGAAAUCGUAUUCUUGGGUGGCAUUUAUGGGUGCUAAUGUUAUCGUCGAGAUGUUUUGGAAUUCUAUUAUGGCCAUCUUCUCGUUUCUGUUUUGGUUUUAUCCGAUGAGACUCGAUCGCAACGCCGAAUGGACAGAUUCCGUUCACUCGCGCGGUGUCACGCUUUUUCUCAUCUGCUGGGUUUUCUUUUUAUUCUCGAGCACGUUUGCACAUCUCAUGAUUGCUGGCCUUGGCAGCGCCGAGGUCGCGGGUGGGAUUAUGAACCUGCUUUUCAUUCUCAUGUUCGCUUUCUGCGGUGUUUUGGCUGGCCCGGACGCAUUGCCGGGGUUCUGGAUCUUCAUGUAUCGUGUCAACCCCUUUACUUACAUUGUCGAGGGUUUCCUCAGCGUCGGCCUCGCCAAUGCACCAGUGGUAUGCAGCGCUUCCGAGCUGCUCGAGUUCGCCGCACCCGCUAAUAGCACCUGUGGCGAGUACAUGGCUGCGUACAUACGGGAGAAGGGUGGCUACUUGGUGGAUGCCCAGGCGAAUGCUUGCCAAUACUGCGGUAUGGCCGAUACGAAUGCAUUUUUGUCGAGCAUGAACAUGAGUUUCGAUAACAGGUGGCGCGAUUUUGGUUUCAUUUGGGCAUUUUGCAUUUUCAAUGUCGCUGCGGCGGCGGCAUUGUACUGGGCCGUGAGGGUUCCGAAGAAUGAUUUCAAGAGUCGCAGCUCAGGCAAGGUUUGA